AUGAUCCGCCCGAGGCAUUCGUCCUUCGUCCAAGUGGCAAACGACAUCCCCGCUAUGGCAUUCGUUUCCGACGUCCCGGUCGCCAACCGGUUUGUCAAUGAUGACGUCCAAAUCAUCGACAUCCCGUCAGUGGAGGUUCACGACGUGGAAACAGAACAAGGGGGACCAGCAAAAUGUCUCAAGCACUUGAUAAAGAAAAACCACGCAAACUACUCCGUCCUUUACCAUCAACUGCAGUUCGACAACCAUACCCCGCACAUCCUCUCCUCUGCAUACCUCCUUGGCGCAACCGAACAACAACUGCACCGUCUUUAUGAAGUCGAGUCGAGGGGGAUGGCCCCUUGGCGAGAUCCUCCGGCUGAGGUUACUGACCGUAACUGGCGGGACCUCCUCGGGCAGAAGGAGUACCAGAAAGGGUAUCUGGACUACUUCGAACAUUUGCUGGCUUCAGAGUUCUCGCACGACUGGGAGAAGGUAGUUGAGUAUGUCAUGUUCAAGGGAGAGAAACCCUUGAUCAGCGGGGUCAUUGGUGGCCUUGGACACCCUCUCAUCCACCUGGGAUAUGCCUACGAGAUGAACUCCAAGGAUAUCGCCAUGGAAGCCGUUACCCUUACCGCCGUACAAUACAACUACCUCCAUAGAUAUUUCGACGAUAAGAAGUAUACGACGCCCCCAGCAUGGCGAUCGAACUCCCCGCUAGAGAUUCUCCUCCGGGUCACCCAGGACAAGCGUUUCGACGCGUUAUUCCAGCGGCCAGCGUUAUCUAACAUCGACAGGUUAUUCGAGAAGCACGAAGACCUGGUACUAGAGUACUGGAACGCGUGGGACCUUACGGACCCCGUCGAGCAAUUCGAGAAGUCCCAGGAAGCGGCCGUCGCCCUGCUAGUGUCCACGGUUAAGCCAAGCAGCCAUGCGUACAGCUUUUUCAUCGUGCACCUACUUACGACGAGCCAUGCUGUCAGAAUCCUGCUGCCCAGGGUCCCGGCCAAGUUCCAUAUCCCCCUAGUUAGGAGCUGGUGGCUCCUGACCUUGGCUGGAUAUAUUGCGCACCUCCGGCCUACUAUUGACCCUGGCAAUGUCGACGUGGAUCUGAAAGGACGUACUUGGACGUGGGUUGAGGACCAGGCGCUGAACUCGGCGUAUGCUACCGAUGCCCAUUAUGUGAAAGCUCUCCGGGCGAUGAAGGAGGCUGCUAGGACUUGGGGCGAUGAGCACCAGCAGUAUCUCGCUGCCGCUGUGACGUUUGCUAGCAACUUCCGCGGGUGGGUGUUUACCUAG